AUGAUUAUCGUAUCCACAAACUGCAACACAAUGCAAGGAGGCGUUCGACAGAGAAAGGAAGAAAUCUCCCUGAGCGAGCCCACGCAGCAUCCGAUGUCCAAACUCAUGGUCAGGGGGAGCGGUUACCUCAUAUCUGGCCAGUGGCAGGAGGAAGAGGGGGAGACUUCUGAGAUCAUACAGCGAUCGGGGGCUCGGACGAUUGUGAAGUUCGACACGAGAAGCAGUGCCCGUCAAUGCUCGCCAGGUCCUCCUGGCAUGCCUGGCUUGGAUGGACACCCCGGUUUACCCGGACCCAUAGGACGACCGGGACCACCGGGUAUGCCAGGUGUGAAGGGAGAACCAGGAAUACCGGGAUUCCCAGGAUCCAAGGGUGAUCAGGGAAGUCCAGGAUUGCCUGGGAUGUCGGGUGCGCCAGGCCCGAUCGGACCACCCGGUGCCCCAGGAAGCGGGCGCAGGCGACGAGAGGUGCGCGACGAAGCAGAGUGCAGCUGUCGGGGCCCGAAAGGAGAAAAGGGCGAAGCGGCCGAGUCCUUUAGCAAACAUCGAUACCACAGCAAUUCUUUGCGGCGCCGUCGACUGUCGGACAUCUCUCUCAUUGGACCGCCUGGACUGCCUGGCACCAAAGGCGAAAAAGGAGAGCCCGGUAACGAAGGUUUGCCGGGUCAAGACGGACUACCUGGUCAACCGGGUCUCGAUGGCAUGCCUGGAACUCCAGGGCGAGACGGGACUUCCGGACGAGACGGACUGUCCGGUCUGCCCGGCUUGGCGGGGAGACCGGGUCGUAACGGCACGGAUGGUACGCCGGGAGAAGCAGGACAGAGAGGCCCACCAGGACCGACCGGGGAACCCGGUCCGAUGGGACCCCGCGGUCGUAAAGGUGCAGCAGGCAACGAGGGUCAGCCCGGUUUGCCAGGGAUAACCUCGUAUACCAUCGGCGGAGGGACAAAUAUCACAGAUUUGAAAGAUCUUCUCGUUCCAGCCUCCGUCGUAGAACGUGAACAACACGUUAAUGUGGAAGAAGGCGAGGCUCUUCAGGUCCACUGCACUCCUCAAGGGAUCCCUCGGCCCCAAGUCGUUUGGAGACGCGAAGAUACGCGGGCGAUACGCGUAGGUCGCUGGAUGCUGUCUUCAAUUCUCGGAUCGAGCCUCAAUUUCACACAGGCCUUGAGAGAGCAUAUGGGACAUUAUCUAUGCAUAGCCGCCAACGGAAUCGCAGCACCGGAUGUGAGACGAGUCACCGUCGACGUCACAUUUUCCCCGUUCGUCAAGAUCGCCAACUGGAUGGUUUCGGUCCGUGACGGAGCUACGGCACGUCUGGAGUGCCUCAUCGAAGCUUUUCCGAGGGCGAGCGUCUACUGGAUAAAAGGCGAUGACGAACCGAUAAUACACGACGAUCUCAAAUACACAAUUGAAGAAGAAUUCGAGGAACCCUACGUGCUCAGGAGCUCACUUGUGGUGGCCUACGUCUCUGAUAAGGACUUCGCUCACUACAAAUGCAUCGCGAGGAACUCCAGAGGAACAGCCACCGGCGUAUUCUCAAUCACACCUAAGAAACCUGGGUCGAAGUCGGGAGAUGUGAAUGAGUUGACCAGCUUCACCACGUACGGGGUCCCGCCCCCUCCAAGACUUGUGGAGGAAGUUUGUCCCGUGUGCCCAGAUUGUCCAGCUGGCCAUGAGUGCGCGCCUCUCCAUGGUGAAAUCCCCGAAGCUCAUCUGAUACCUCCCGUGGCAACGUUCCGGAACGUCGUAAACCUCGAAACGGUCGUGAACAAGUCUCAUUGGCUUCAUCUGAAACCCCGAGAUCAAGAAUGUGCGAGACGUCGUUUCCUGGCCAAAGUUGGAAAGGCUGUCCUGAUUCGACAGAGUUCGGACUUCGACGGUGCCUGGGGUCGAGACAGCUUCAAGAGGACGUUCAACAGCUCCAAAGCGUUCGUAACCCUUAGCGUGGACCCCAAUACGCUCCUCGAGUUCGUCAAUGGAAAACUUUUCAAAAGACAUGGGCUGCCCUAUCCGUUCAGGGGGAAUUCUCACGUCAUCUAUAACAAUGUAUUCUUCUAUCAUCAAUUGAACACUCGGAGCAUAGUCCGGUACGAUCUUGUGAAUAAAACUUCCGCAGCUCUGGACAUCGAAGACGUCACAUUCGGCAAAUCUUCAAGGCAUUUGUACGCGACACGGAAGAAUCACGUUGAUAUCAUGGCAGAUGAAAACGGGCUCUGGGCCGUCUACGCAUCGGACAAGUCGACGAACACGAUGGUCCUGAAAUUCGACGAGACCUCCAUGAAAGUCGAGCGGGUCUGGAAUCUGACGCUCGAUCAUCACGCUGUCGGAGAAAUGUUCAUCGUGUGCGGCGUCCUUUACGGAGUUAGCAGCGUCACCGAAGGCGUUACCCAUAUAAACUUCGCUUUCGAUCUCUACCUCGAGCAGAGCUUACCGGUCAACCUCAACUUCACCAACCCGUAUCGUAACACAUCAAUGAUCACCUACAACCCGGCGGAGAGCGGCCUCUACACGUGGGAUCAUGGACAUCAACUGUUCUACCCAUUGUUGUUUACCCAGAAUGUGGAUAUUAAUCCUAUGGCUCCGAUUUAUCCCCAUUUUCGUACAGAAAGCGCCGAUAGUGAAUAAUGGCAUCCAGGAAAGGGAGCCCAGAGGUUGGCAUAGAUUCAAAUCUGACGCCUUCGACAUGAAUUUGAUUUUAUAUUUGUCAAAAGUUGAGGAGUCUGCCAACGUUCUAAGAACGCACAAUAAAGCAUUUUUGAGACACACACAUAAGUUCGCGACUGAGGCGGGCACAUGAUCCCUGAAAGCCCCUCGAUGAUGGGGGGCGCCCAGAGGACACCAUGAUCGGCUGAAAAGACGUCAAGAGAAUGAAAGGGAAAUGAUUGAUGUGAAUAAUUACUGAAUUUUAUCCCUCCUAUAGAAUA